AUAUAAAAGGUGAUCGUCUCCUCGUCCAAGUAUCUCUCCUGAUCGGUUGUGUGUGAGAGACAGAGUUUUUGAUGAUGAAGACCUGUGUCCUGUUGCUGCUGGUGUUGGGGUGCGUCCACGGUGCACCAGUGGGGGACACUGGUCUGGAAACGGGGUCUUGCGAAGACCCAUCAGCUGUGAGCGCUGCACACUCGGCUCUCAGCAAGAUAAACUUGGAUCGGACCGAGGGCUACGUCUUCACCCUGCACCGCCUGUCUAACGUCCAUUUGGCCAAAAAUGGAGAAGUUGGUGUGGUCUACUAUCUGACGCUGGAUGUCGUGGAGACCAACUGCAGCGUUCUGAGUAGAAAGGACUGGAAGGACUGCGAGACUCGAUCCAAUCCAAUGCAGGUUUACGGACAGUGCAAAGCUGCUAUCUACAUCAGCAAACCACAUAGAGUGGUGCGACUCUACAAAUACAAAUGCCUUGUCAGACCAGUUCCUGCAGCUAGAGUGGUACAGAUUUGUCCCGACUGCCCAACUUUUAUCAGUCAAGACAACGAGGAAGUCAAGAAGACGAUUGCCAAUACCCUGGAUAAGUUCAACAGAGAGAGCGGCCUGAACAAUCGCUUUGCUCUGCUUCAAGUGACCCGCGCUACCGCUGGAAUGGCGAUGGGUAUGUACUACCAUGUGGAGUACACGAUCCAAGAGACCACCUGCAACAAGAGCACAGAGGCAGCUACAGCUGACCAGUGCCCCAUGAUGGGCUGUGAAUUUGCUCACAAAGGCUUCUGUAAAGCCUCCCUCUACUACAGCCCUACAAGGGAUCCAAAUUACUCCGUUCAAUGUGAGAUCUUUGAGCCUGAGGCCGCUAAUGCAGAAAAGGUGCAGCACUUGCUGGGGGACCAACUCAGCCACAGCCACAAUGAUACACACAGACACGAGCAUGGCAAAGGACACGAGCAUGGCAAGGGACACGAGCAUGGCAAGGGACACCAGCAUGGCAAGGGACACGAGCAUGGCAAGGGACAUGAGCAUGGUAAAGGAAGAGGACAUGACCAUGACCAUGGCAAUCGACGCAACUGGACAAGUCCACAUGAUCACAUCCAUGACCACACCAAAGACCACUCUCACCAUGAUGAGAUGCACCCCGUAGGCAGUGACCACCACCACAGUCAUGAUCACAAGCCAGGCAGUGCCUACAAGCACGGCCACGCCCACUCUCAUGACCAUGGGAUUAAUCACGGGCUAGAGCAUGUGCAUGCGUAUCACGCCCAGGCAUACGACCACAGUGGCGACUCUCCCAACCACCACCAUAACUACAAACACGAGGAGGGCACGCACACUCACGAGCAUGACCACGAGCUCGCUCUAGACCACGAUCACAAGCACGGUCACCUGCAUGAGCACGAGCAUCACCACCAUCACCACGAGCACGUGCAUGAGAACGAAACCCACGACGAGCCAGAGGGUCUGUCAAAGAAGGUGGGUGCCAUUGGUGAACCUGUGACCACCCCCAUCUUCCCAGAGGAACCUCCAAAAGCAGUAAUUUUGCUUCUCAAGCUUGACCCCCAGAUUCCAGGCGAGGCAGAACCCAACAUCCUGGACUUCCAGAGCUUCCCAGCCACACUGUCAUCCGAGUGUGUUGCUCCUGCUCCAGGACAAGCUCUGGUUGACAAACUCUUCGCUGAGGACGACUUGUUUAAGCCUGGCAACAAUUUCUAAAUCACAAACACAGACUGAGGCAAAGGGAAUUCAUGAAAUUUGCAUUCGAUUCACUAAAUGUCAGUUUUAUAAAAGUUGAGUUCUUCCACUGGUCAUCUACUGCAUGUAAACAUCUGCUUACAAUCUAAUAAAGAGAGAAAAUGUUCCAAUCUCA